GGGUUUGUUGGAUUCUUAGCCCAAAAUUGACCUCUCUUCCCUAACUCCGGCCGAAAACCUCUUCUAGAAGCAAAUUUCUCUCUCUCUCUCUCUCUCUCUCCCUCUUUCUCUCUCUGUGGAAAAAUGGCUAUGGCAAUGUCGUCUUCUUCAUCGUCAUCAAGUGGGGUUACAGAGAGAAGGGGCAUUUGUUUACCUGCGGCUGCUUUCGUGGAAGAUGUCCAGACCUAUCUCUCCCAAUUAGGUCUCGAUGUCAACUCUUCCCUCUCUUUCCUCCAAGAAAGGCUUCAACAAUAUAGAUUGGUUGAGAUGAAACUUCUUGCACAGCAGAGGGAUCUUCAGGCGAAGAUCCCGGACAUUGAGAAGUGCUUAGAUGUAGUUGCUACUUUGCAAGCUAAGAAGGGUACUGGUGGGGCAUUAUUAGCUGAUUUUGAAGUGUCAGAAGGCAUCUAUUCCCGAGCACGCAUCGAGGAUACUGAUUCAGUAUGUUUAUGGCUGGGAGCAAAUGUCAUGCUGGAGCACUCAUGUGAAGAGGCCACUGAUCUUCUACAAAGGAAUUUGGAAAAUGCUAGAGCUAGUUUAGAAGUUCUUGUUACAGAUCUACAAUUCUUAAGGGAUCAAGUGACCAUUACUCAGGUCACAAUUGCUCGCAUAUACAACUGGGAUGUACAUCAACGCAGACUUCGACAAGUUUCUGCUGCGAAGGACUCUUGAAUUUUUUUUUGCUACACCGAGAUAAGAGGUGGCAGAACGAACUUUGGUAGCCAAGAGUAUGGUUCCAAUUUCUCUUAUCCAUUAUUUUAGGUGGUAGGAUUUCCUUUCUUACAUUUUUUUCUUUUUUUUGUUGUGAUAUUAUUGGAUGAAUUCUUAUCUCAUUUGUGUGCUUCUAGUUCUGAAUUUUGAUCAAUUGAGAUUUGAGAUAGUUCCGUUGUGUAAGAAAAUUGCCAUUAUUCAGACUUUAGCUUUGUUGCAUGAUAUGAGGUUCUUUGGGAUUGAGCUGUAACAAUAUAUGACAGUCAAAAUUCACAACAAUUUGGGUUAACGUUAUGUUUUC